AUGCUAAUUUUAGGAUUCUGGUUAAAGACCGAUUUUUACUAUGAGCAACCAAAAGUGAACUUGGAGGGAGAUUACUUGAUCACUGCGGUCACUAAUAAUUUAAGUAAUCCAAUUAUUUGCAGUACAUAUUCCUAUUACAAGAGCUAUUUAUCAGAUUUGGACUUUUGUUCGUCCGUUAAGCUUCGAGAAAUAGAUAAAAAUUUUGAUACAAAAAAUGAUGAACUACAUUUUCAAGUUAAUAUAAAUCUUCAUUCCUACAAAAUCAACUCCAUCAACAUUGUGCUUCCUAUUAAAUAUGAACUAAGUGACCUGUGCCAAUUAAAAAUGCAAUCAUUAAUAUAUUAUCAGCAUAAUUUCCAACACGAGAAAGCCACUAAAUUGCAUAUUUUUGCUAAUUUAAAUUUUAUCCAAUCGAGCGCUAUUCCAUGCAGACGAAAACAUUCAGAAGAUUUUAAUAAUCCACUUAUUAAGAAUGGAGAUGAGAGUAAAAAUUUUCUAAUUGAAAAUAUAAUCGCUGCCUACUUAGAAAGAAAUGUGACAACACAUUUAUCGAACAUCAAUACGUUUGUUGGAACCGAAAGCUCCGCUUCGUUUGUCCUAGAAUUAAGGGUGAAAUAUCCAGAAAAUCAAAUUUAUUAUCAACCCAACUUUUGGCACAUCUUAAAAUUCGCAUGGAUGCAGUAUCUUGCAAUUUACAUAAUAACCGCUUGGCUUUCAAGAAAAGUAAAUAAAUAUAUAUUUCGACACAGGUUGGUGUGGUAUUUUACGGAAAAUCCUUUUAAAACAAAAUAA